AUGAGGAAGGCCAUCAUUGCCACCACUCCGCCUCCCAUCGACGACCGCAGUCAUUCAACAUUGAACGGAACCAACAUUGCGCUCUUCUAUGACUAUUUCAAACAUCCCGAGAACGCUCUCUUCGUCGAGUUCGAGUCUGUCAUCGACGGGAAUUCCCGCUUAUCGCGUAAGCCGAUAGCUUGA